AUGGCACCUUACGAGGCUUUGUAUGAUCGUAAGUGUUGUACUCUGCUAUGUUGGACUAAAUUGGGUGAGCGUCGGGUUUUGGGUCCUGAGUUGGUUUUUAAGACCGAAGAUAAGAUUCUGAAGCAUGUGGGAUCGGUCGCUUAUCAGUUGGAGUUACCUCCACAGUUGGACCGUAUCUAUGAUGUGUUUCACGUCUCGAUGUUGAGGCGGUACCGGUUUGAUCUAUCUCACAUUGUCUCUAUUGAGGAGAUCGAGGUUAGACCGGAUUUUACUUGUGAGGAGAAGCCGAUUCAGAUCUUUUAUCGAGAUGUUAAGGUUUUGAGGAGGAAGUCCAUUCCGUUAGUAAAGGUUCUGUGGCGGAAUCAUGGCACUGAGAAAGCCACGUGGGAACCUGAGAACUCGAUGUGUUAG